AUGCUGCUGUUGCUUCUUAUCUUCUCUGCUCAGGAUUUCCAGGUCGGGGGGGAUUCCCCACUGUUCUCCUGGAAUGAAACCCAAGCCAGCGGAUUGUCAGAGGGGCUUCUGGACUUGUUUGUUGGCAUCUCUCAGCUCAUUCACAAGAGUCGAAAUGAAGCUCCCACCAUUGUCUCCCGCAAGGAGUGGGGAGCAAGGUCACUGACCUGCAGGGCCCAGCUGACCCCACCUGUGGCCUAUGUCAUCACAAACCAGCUCACAGGGAUGGAGUGCCAGGAGCAGGAUGUUUGCAGCCAGAGGCUUCGGGGCCUUCAGUCCCAUUCUGUCUACACCAGAGGCUGGUGCGAUGUGGCCUACAACUUCCUGGUUGGAGACGACGGCAGGGUGUAUGAAGGUGUCGGCUGGGACAUCCAAGGCGUGCACACCCAGGGCUACAACAACAUCUCCCUGGGAAUCGCCUUCUUUGGCAAUAAGAUUGGAAGCAGUCUCAGCCCUGCUGCCUUAUCAGCUGCAGAGAACCUGAUCUCCUAUGCCAUCCAGAAGGGUCGUCUGUCACCCAGGUAUAUUCAGCCACUCAUCUUGGAUGAAGAGGUCUGUCUGGCCCCUCAAAAGCCAGUGAUGCCUAGGAAAGGUUGCCCCAACAUCAUCUUGCGGUCAGUAUGGGAAGCCAGAGAGACACACUGCCCUAAAAUGACCCUCCCAGCCAAAUAUGUCAUUAUCAUCCACACCGCUGAUACAACCUGCAAUGUAUCCAUGGACUGCCAUAUUCGUGUCCGAGAUAUACAGUCCUUCCACAUGGACACCCAGCACUUCUGUGACAUUGGAUAUCACUUCCUGGUGGGGCAGGAUGGUGGUGUGUAUGAAGGAGUUGGCUGGCAUAUCCAAGGCUCUCACACCUAUGGAUACAAUGAUAUUGCCCUAGGAAUUGCCUUCAUAGGCAACUUUGUAGAAAAGCCACCCAAUGCCGCAGCCCUGGAGGCAGCCCAGAACCUGAUCCAGUGUGCAGUGGACAAGGGGUAUUUAACUCCCAACUACCUGCUGGUGGGGCACAGUGAUAUUGUCAAUACACUGUCUCCUGGGCAAGCUUUGUACAACAUCAUAAAGACUUGGCCUCAUUUCAAACACUGAAGGAGCCCCUGCUCCUUCUCAGACUGCUUCUCCCACCUGGCUGCUGGGCCUCCCCUGUCCUCACCCCCCAUCCUGACUCAACACCUGGUGUCCCCUCCAAGUCAGCCCCAUCCUGUCCCUCCUUUCUCAGGUUAGGAUGCUCCUCUCCUGCUAGCACCACCCCCCAGCAGCCCCAAACCCCGGAGCCGGGCAUAGCCAGCCCUCUGAGUGAGCCCCACUGUCCUCACCCCUCACCUUCCCCUCCCCUGGGCUCCCAGCUGCUAAGCCAGGUGGGAAGAUGGGCUGAUCCUGGUUUGGCUUCUCUUCCCUUUCCGGCUGCCCCUCUGCCCCAUGUACCUUCCCCUGCCAGCUUCCCAGCAGCCCCCAAGCCGCACACAGGACCCAGGUCAAGGCCCAAAACCCCUCUCUGCUCACACACCCACUUGUGCGCAUGUGAACGCAGCCCUUAUUUCAGGGCUCAUUGCUUACAGGUGUGCUUGUUCUCUCCACUGGAUUGUGAGGGUUCCCGGGUUCAUGUGCCCCCAUGUCCUUGAUCCCUCAGCAGCGUCUGGAGUCUUGUAUGUGCUACAGAUGUUUGUUGGAGAGGUGGAGGAAUAAACAAAUGUGUGAGUAGA